CAACCCUAUCACCUCCUUAGAUUCCUAAAUUAAAACAACCGAGCCCAUCAUGACUUCGCCUGUUACGACGACUCGGCUGCAGCAAAUCGCAACAGACGCGUGCGAAAGCGCCAUCGGCAGCUCAGAGGGCUACAACCACAGCAGCGUCGCAGCCUGGAACACGGCCAUCAUCAACGGUGUGCUCCGCGCCCUCAUCUCGGAAACCUCAUCCACCACCAACGCGCAUCCCCCCUUCAAAUACGCCGUCAACAGCACCAUCAUCCAGCACAUCACGCCCAGCCCCGGCGUCGCGGGCGAGAGCGGCAGCACCGGCCGGCGGGGGAUGCACAGCGCCAUGGGCGCGUACUGGAACAACGACCGGGACGGCAUGUGGAGCUGGAAGUACGACGGCGGCGAGAAGAAGGGCAUGGAUAUUGUGGUUAGUGUCAUGUGGGUGGCUGUAUGAGCGAGUAGAAUAUGUAUGAGAUAGGAAGGGGGGAGGUGUUGGAGUAUUAGUAUCCUGGGGGUGUGGGGGCAGUGAGAGCGAUGUGAGAGUAUGGUUGAGAGGAGUGAACAAAAAUUGGAGGAGCUGACUGCGAUGAGGCCUUGGGUGCUGAUGAGGCUGGUCGGUUGCAUGUUGCAUCUGCUGGCGGUGCUUGGAGUCUGUUUCUUCAUUGUCUUCUCGCGACUUGGCGGUGAGCAAAUCCGA